CGCGAUAUUAGGCAAUAUAUCUCCAUUUUAAGGUAUGUAAACUUUUAUUAAUAUUCAGAUGUAUUUUACACAAUUAUGUUUAACACAAUUGUGUUUAAUAAUGUUUAAACAUAACUUAAAAAAUUUUUAAUAACUGAAAGAAUAGUAUUUAUAAAUUAAUCAAUGAUGGAAGUAGAUGAAGAAGACGUUGAAGUUCCAUCUUCAAGCACUAGUAGUCGCGGAGAAAAAAAAAGAUUUGAGGUAAAAAAAUGGAAUGCAGUAGCACUUUGGGCUUGGGAUAUUGUUGUGGAUAAUUGUGCAAUUUGUCGCAAUCAUAUUAUGGAUUUGUGUAUUGAAUGUCAGGCCAAUCAAGCUUCUGCCACUAGUGAAGAGUGUACAGUUGCUUGGGGUGUAUGUAAUCAUGCCUUCCAUUUUCAUUGUAUUUCACGUUGGUUGAAGACGAGACAAGUUUGUCCGCUUGAUAACAGAGAAUGGGAAUUCCAGAAAUAUGGUCAUUAAUAUAUAUUAGACAAAAUCUACCUUAACUCUUUUUUUAUUAUUUUUAAAAUAAACAUAUUUAAUGUAUAGUAUUAAAAAUGAUUGUUCAUUUUUAUAUAUUGGUUGAAGAUCUAUCAUCAUUAAAUGUAGUAAAAUUA